UGGGGAGGCCCGUCAGGCGAACGGGCGUGGAAGCCCCCGGGACCUUGCGUCUCGGCGGGCCCGACCCCGCGUCCCUCCGGGUGGCGGCGCUGUGACGCGCGCACCGCCCGGUCGCCCUCCCCGGGCGCGACGAGAACGCGGGGCCGGGGUCUCGGCCUCGCGAGCGCAGUGCUUGGGGGCUACGGGACCCCGCGGAGGCCCGGGCUGGGGGUGGCGGCAUGUCGGAGGAGGAUGUCUCCCGCGAAGCGGCCGGCUAGAGUCUGGGUACCACUCUCCGCCUCCUCCAGACCCCGGAGAGAGACGGGAUGAGGCUGGUGUCAAAGAUCAAGGUCCCCUGCUCCCUGGAUACGGGCGGUCCUGAGGCCUAGGUCGCCUCCAGAGGGGGUCCCAGUCACCAUGCAGGACCCACAUCCGGAGGAGCCGGUGGAGGAGCUGGAUUCAGCCACGGAGAAGAGUCCCCGUAGUCCUGGCAACAACCUUUGCCACCUGGGGGCCCUGCAGUGCACCCACUGCCUCAUCACCUUCGCCGAUACCAAGUUCCAGGAGCGCCACAUGAAGCGGGAGCACCCAGCGGAUUUUGUGGCCCAGAAGCUGCAGGGGACCCUCUUCAUCUGCUUCACCUGCGCGCGUUCCUUCCCCUCCUCCAAGGCCCUGAUCGCCCACCAGCGCGGGCAUGGGCCAGGCACCAGGCCUUCGGCAGGGGCACCUCCCAGUGCCCAGCCUACCUUCCCCUGCCCUGAUUGUGGCAAGACCUUCGGGCAGGCAGCGUCUCUGAGGCGGCACCGCCAGGCACACGAGGCCCGCGCCCCUCCCGGUCCCUUUGCCUGCACUGAGUGUGGGCAAGACUUUGCCCAGGAAGCCGGGUUGCGAGCUCUGAAUGCCCCUGGGGGGUGA